AUGGGAUCAAAUAUUCUGCAUAUGAGACGUAAGUGUAAAAGUGAGCGAAGAUUGGAUGGAAAGGUAGUCAUCAUAACCGGUGCCAACACUGGGAUCGGCAAAGAGACGGCACUCCAGCUCUCAUUACGCGGGGCUAAGAUAUACAUCGGUUGCCGUGAUUUAGAAAAGGCUGAAUCGGCUGUAAAUGACAUCAAAUCCGUGAAUCCCGGGGCAGACAUCACUUCACUUAAACUGGAUUUGUCUUCAUUGAAGUCAAUUCGACACUUCGCUAACGAAAUGGAGGAAAGGGAACCAAUCAUUGAUAUACUGGUCAACAACGCAGGGAUUAUGAUGUGCCCGGAAUGGCAGACCACCGAUGGCUUUGAGAUGCAGUUCGGGACCAAUUAUUUGGGUCCAUUUCUAUUGACACUCACUCUAUUACCACAACUACAGAGAGCCCCCAAAGCACGGGUAGUCAGUGUAUCGGCCAAAUACUAUGAAGUGGGAAAACUGUACUUCGAUAACCUUAACCUUCGCAAUGGUAAAUACGACCCGACCCGAGCCUACGCCCAGAGCAAACUGGCCCAGGUGCUGUUCACACGCGAGUUGUCCAGACGUCUGGGUCAGGGCAGUACCGUCACGUGCUAUGCCUUACAUCCCGGCGUCAUUAAAACGGAUCUACAGAAACACGUGUUCAAUAACGACCCGAUUAGGGAUAUACUGUUUCUGAACACUGAGAUGGGAGUCCAGACCACUCUGUACUGCGUUUUGGACGAACAGUUGGAUACGGAGUCCGGCUUUUUCUAUGAGUAG